AUGCCGUCCCAAGAAGCUGCUGCUAUCCCCAAGACGGCUACUGUCCCCAAGAAGGAUGCCGUCCCCAAGAAGGCUGCUGUCCCCAAGAAGGCUACCGUCCCCAAGAAGACUGCCGUCCCCAAGAAGGCUGCCGUCCCCAAGAAGGCUGCUAUCCCCAAGAAGGCUACCGUCCCCAAGACGGCUGCUGUCCCCAAGAAGGCUACCGUCCCCAAGAAAGCUGUGAUCCUGGAGAAGUUGUGGUCGAGAUCAUGGUUCUAUACUAGAGGCACCAUGAUCAAGGGUGAGAUCACUGAGAUGUGUGAGACGAUGUUUGACUUACAGUGA